UUCUUGAGCGGGAGUGCGCGCAGGACUCGUAUGGUUACGGACAGUCAGAGCAGGGGAUUUGUGGAUCACUUGUCAACUAGUGGGAAAUCUCCGCUCUGAUUUUUACGGUACCAUAGACAUGUCGGGGGAUAACGAAGAAACGCAAACGACAGAAGAGACCUCAAUGGACGAAAAGGAGAUUCAGGACAAGGUGAUCAGCCCUGAGAAAUCAGAGGAGGCCAAACUAAAGGCCAGAUACCCAAAUUUAGGAAGCAAACAUGGAGGCUCUGAUCUGCUUCGCAAACGCCUCACGAAGGGGCAAAAGUACUUUGACUCUGGGGAUUACAACAUGGCUAAAGCGAAAAUAAAGAACAAGCAGUUGCCGACAGCUGCACCAGAGAAGACCGAGAUCACAGGGGACCACAUCCCCACCCCCCAGGACCUGCCCCAGAGGAAACCUUCUCUGGUAGCCAGCAAACUGGCAGGCUGAUGUCCACACAGCCCCACUAGAACCCCCCCACCCCCACCCUUUUCCCCAGUUCUAACCCUUCCACUCAAGUCUCAAAGCUGUAAUAUACCUCUCCUGCCCCUCACACUACUACCCGUCCCUUCCUCACAAGCCUGGACCCAACCUUACAUGAUCCCACCCCACACCUAGAAGCACCCAGCAGACCUUUUAUUUUUGUUUCCACCUCAUCUGGCCAUGUCUCUACUACCUCCCCCAGACUUACAGCCCCUUUGUCAUUGUCCGCUUACUUUCCCAUGUUCCUUUAUUCAUUUUCCUCUGUACUUCCAUGUAAGAUACUCAUAAAGACAGGACAUCCGUGUGUGAGUGUGAUUAGCAGACUAGACACCUCUUUUACAACCACCUUGAUUACUGGCUGAAGAGAGGAGCGAGCAGAAGAAGCUGUGUCUUGUACGGUUGGAGGGCUUUAGUAAGGCCAUCAGGAUCCCUCCGUUUGGAAGUUUGUGUAAAUAUAUAUAAUUCCUUUUGUUUGGCACAAGGGCAGACAUCAGCCUUUUAGAAUGUUUAAUCAGACAUCAGACUUGUAUCAUUCACUGUAUGUCCUUACUCUAAAUUAUGCUGUCAAUAUGCUUGAGUUAUUGACUAAAUAUAGUAAUCCAGAGGCCAAGCUCAGUUUUGAAAACGCUUUGAUUGUGAAUCGGGGAAGAAAGGCGUGCUGGAUGACCACACAAUAAAGGAGAAAACUGCUUCAUAUGGAUCUGCAUGUGUGAUGCAAAUGAUUCUCAAUGAGCUCCAUUUUAAUUCCUCAAAGUGCACUGAGCAUGUAAACUCAGGUGCACUGGGUGUCGUCAUGUACCAGGUGCGUUCAAGACAUCUUAAAACUUGGAAGUGUUCUACUUUUGAAAUAAAAGAUAGAGGAAGGGAGGGUGUUGUCUCAAUUUGAACUGCAUUGUUGACAUUUAACACUGUAUUUGUGGUGUGUUGAGCAUUUUAGCCUCAGAUGAUGACGCAGUCUCUUCUCGGGCCAAAGUCUGGUUCCAAGUUAUCAUGAAUGAAUCAUCAUGCUCAAAAAGAGUACUAUAUGGGACCUGUGAGUAGAGACCAGGCUUUGUUUUCCUGUAAUCUGUGCGAUUAGAUUUAUUUCAUGGUAAAACUUUACUGGGAACACACUUGGCACUGGGAACAAAAAAGUGUGAUUGAUUUAAAAAAAGUGAUGUGGUAAAUCUAAGCUAACACUACAUCAGUCUGAGCUGUGCAUGUAUAUGGCUGCCCUGCUGUCACUUUGUGCCAUUUUGUUUUGUAAAUAAAAUAGUUUUGCACAAAUGUUGAAA